AUGAAUUCUACUCGUCCUCCCGUGCUAAUCGUAGGCGCUGGGCCAGCGGGUCUGGUAGCAGCGUUAUCACUCCUCCAGAACGGCAUUUCAGUUCGCAUCAUUGACAAAGACCCCAACCCUCGAAUCGGACAACGUGGUCCUGGAAUUUGGCCACGCUCCCUCGAACUCUUCAAUUUCCUGAAUGUCCCAGAAGUUAACGGGCUGGCGAAACCCGUCUCUAUAAUCCGUUCUUACAAGCCUGGGACAUUGGAAUCUGCGACAGAAUCUUCGAUGAUCCCGCAUAUGGAACCUACCCCUGCAAUACCAUUCCACGCUCCGAAGCUAAUAGGUCAACAACUCCUAGAUGUGAUUUUGCGACGCCACUUGGCCAAAUUCUCCUGCUCUGUCGAGAUGGGCACAGAGCUGUGUUCAUUCAAUCAGUCCGACGAAGGUGUCACGGCUGUGCUAGCAAAGAACGGUGUAUUGGAGACUUUCGAUACUAAGUGGAUGAUCGGCGCUGAUGGCGCUAAAGGCAGUGUGCGCAAACAGCUCGGGCUCACAUUCUUGGGCGAGACUAGAGACGAUGUCCGGCUUCUCACAGGAGAUAUCCGUUUAUAUGGCGUUGGUCUUGAUAGAGCGUAUUCACACCGAUUUGGAACCUUUAAACGAGGCGUCUCAUUGCGUCCAACAGACGAAAUUGGCGAGGAUGGCUGGCAAUUUGUCAUUAUUGCUAACGAUCUAGACCUGACAAAGGUAGCUCAAAACGAGGAGCUGAUCUUCGACAUCAUUGCGUCAUUAAUACCUGCUGAGGUUACGUUCAACAAGCUCGUCUGGGUGAGCGAGUUCAGGGCCAACAUCCGCAUGGUAAACAAGUUCAGUGAGGGCCGAGUUUUCGUUGCGGGCGAUGCUGCUCAUGUCCACAGUCCAACCGGUGGUCAGGGACUCAAUUCAAGUAUACAAGAUGCUUUCAAUUUAGGUUGGAAACUUGCGCUUGUUGAAAAAGGACUCGCCGACAAGUCUCUUCUUGAGACGUAUAAUGCCGAGCGUCUACCUGUCAUCUCCGAGAUGCUUGAGGUGACAACCACAAUUCUUAACAAUGCAGUAGAGACAGGCAACAUGCCCGCUGCGCGAAGUCCCAUCCUUUUCAUGCUUGGUAUCAAUUACCGAUUCAGUGACAUCGUUCUCGACGAGUUUGCAAUUCCAGGGAAGCCUGUCAAUGCGUACGGGGUGCUUGACGAGGGACAUCUGGAGGCUGGGGACAGGGCACCUGAUGCGCCAAAUAUGCUCCAGGUGGGAGAAUCUGAUGAGACGACACUUUUUGGUCUCUACAGACCUUGGUAUCACACUGUGCUUGUAUUCGCACCAAGUCAUGCAGAUGCUACCCUGAUCUUGGGUAUGCUGGAGGCAUACAACACAAACAUUGUGCGACCAGUAGUCGUUCUUCCUCCGUCCGCAUCAGUGACGCCUAUCGCAUCCUCUGCUUUUCUCGUUCUUGUAGAUCAAGAGGGCUAUGCUUAUUCGGCUUACCUCGUGGAAACUGGCCAGACGAGGGUGUUUGUGAUACGACCGGACGGAGUGAUUGGGGCCAUCGUACAUGGUGCAGAAGGCGUGAAGAAGUAUUUCUCUAGAAUAUUUUCGGAUGUUUAG